AUGGAAAGAUUUUUAAUGCAAUCAUCUUUAUCAACGUCAUCAUUAAUAUAUCCACAUGGUAGUUAUGAUAGUUCAUGUAAUUAUUGUGAUGCUGGAGAAGAUAAAAAAGGUAGAAUUUGUUAUGGUAUGGUUGCAGAUCAAUUAACUUGUGAAGAUUAUCAACUGUUAAUUGAUCAGGGUUGGCGCAGAUCAGGUACAUUUUUAUAUAAACCUAAUAACUCUGAUAAAAAGACUUGUUGUCCACAAUACACAAUUAGAUUAGACACUUCAUCAUUUAAACCUUCAAAAGAUAAUAAAUCAACAAUUAAAAAAUUUAAUAAUUAUAUUUUAAAUAAUAUUAUUAAAGAAAAAGAUUCAUCAACUACUUCCACAACUAAAGAUAUCAUUAAUACUACACAAAUUAAAUCAAACACUAAAAAUAAUAAUAAUAAAACCAACGAUGAAAAUAUAAUUAAAUUAAAUAAUGAUAUUAUUGAAAUAAUUUUAAAUAAUGAAUUUAUUAAUAAAUUUAAUGAACAAGAUAAAAAGAUUUUAAAAGAGAAUUUAAAGAUUAAAAUCAACUCUAAUAAAAUGAUAAAAGAAACUGGUAGUUAUUCAUUAUCAUUUGGUAUCUUUAAUAAAUAUAGAUCAGAAUUGAAUCAACACUCAAUUACAAUUGAUCAAAUUAUUAAUUUCACAAUUUUAGAAUUUAAUAAAACUAUAAACAAUAGUGAUUAUCAAUUUAAUUUAGAGAAAGGUCAAAAUAAUCAUAUCAAUUUUAAAAUGAUUAAUUCAUCACAAAUUCUUAAUGAUUCUACAAAAACAAAAACAUUAAAUAUUCAAAAUAAUAGUAAUAAAAAUUCAACAACAACAGCAACAACAGCAACAACAACAACAACAACAACAAAUGAACCAAAACAUAAAUUUGAAAUUUCAAUUCAUAAACCAAAAUGUACAGAUGAAGUAUUCUCUUUAUAUUGUAAAUAUCAAAAAAUAAUUCAUAAAGAAGAUGAUGAAAAAACUAAAUCAGGUUUUAAAAGAUUUCUUGUUGACUCACCUUUAAUACCAAUCAUUCAUCCUGAUGAAUCUUAUGACGACUAUGUUUAUGAUGGUAAAGAUGAUGAUGAUGAUGAUGAUGAUAAAGAUGAAAAAGAAGAUGAUGAAGAUGAAGAUCAAGAAGAUGAUGAGGAUGAAGAUGAUGGAAAUAAUGAGGAUGAAAAAAAAAUAACAAAAGAAAAUAAAGAAAAAGAAAUUAAAAAUCAUAUUUAUAAAAUUGGGAAAAAAUCAAAAACAUUAAAAACUAGAAAAUUUGGUGAAAUUAAAACACCAAAACCAGGUUAUGGUAGUUUUCAUCAAUACUAUAGAUUGGAUGGUAAACUUGUUGGUGUAGGUGUAAUUGAUAUUUUACCAGAAUGUUUAUCAAGUGUAUACUUUUUUUAUGAUCCAGACUUUAACUUUUUGUCACUUGGUAAAUAUUCAGCAUUGAAUGAAAUUGAAUGGGUUCAAAAAGUUAGUCAAUCAAUACCACAAUUGAAAUAUUAUUAUAUGGGUUAUUAUAUUCAUAGUUGUCAAAAAAUGAAAUAUAAAGCAAACUAUCAACCAUCUCAAUUACUUUGUUUAGAAACUUUUAAAUGGGUUGAAUUUAAAAAAGCAAUAUCUUUUUUACAACCAGAUAAAAAAUAUUCAAGAUUUUAUUUUGAUGAAAAUGAAAAUAAUAAUAAUGAAAAAUUAACUUAUUUUGAAAAGGAACCAGAAUUAUUAGAACGAGUUAAAUUUAGACAAAAGAAUUUCACCUUUCACUUUUCUGAUGUUAGUGUUAGAUUUCAAAAUUUAUUAAAGGACCAAGUGAUUGAUUAUAUAAAUCAUGUAGGUCCUGAAUUAACAAAAGAAUUAAUUUUCUAUUUUAAAUAA